AAACCCAACAGAAGAAGAAAUGAUGGUGUUGUGGUUGAGGUGUGUUUCACGGCGCUUCUCACAUCUCUCUCUACACCACCAUGAAGUCCUCAUCAUCCUCCUCUUCCUCUGACUCUCAUAUUCCCACCAAAAUACCAAAAAUAAGCGAAAGAUUAGUAUGGGUUGAUCUUGAGAUGACUGGAUUAAAUGUAGAAGAAGAAAAGAUAAUGGAAGCAGCCAUUAUGAUCACUGAUGGUGACUUGAACGUUGUUGCAGAGGGCCCAAACCUAAUAUUAAAAGUAGACGACAGAGUAUUGGACAACAUGAAUGAAUGGUGCAAGAAGCAUCAUGGUGAGAAUGGGUUAACAGAUGAAUGCCGGAAGAGCACCAUAACCCUCUCUGCAGCAGAGGACCAGCUGCUUCAGUUUGUCACACAGCACACCGAGAAGGGCAAGGCUCCUUUGGCUGGCAACACGAUACAUUCAGAUAAAAAGUUCUUGGAUAAGUACAUGCCUAAACUGAUGAAUCACCUCCACUACCGCCUUGUUGACGUCUCCACUGUCAAGGAGUUGUGUAG